AAACAGUUGAGUGGUGAUAUAAAAGGAGCUUCACUUCACUUGCACUUUUGACAAAAUGACACAUAAAACGGGCAAGCGGUUUCAUCUGGAUUCUUCUUCUCCUUCACUUUGGAUUCUUGUAAUCUCUUCUAUAAAUUCAUCGCUAACUAUUCAUUAGGGUUUCAUUUCUCUCAAAACAAACCACAAUGAUGACAACAGCACCGCCCAAGCCGGUAAACUUGUAUAUAGGGAGUUUUAUUAGUUUGAUAUCACAAUCAAAUAUUCGUUAUGAAGGCUUUGUGUUUCUUCUCAACCCUAGUGAUUCCACCAUUGGUCUUCGUAACGGUCGUGAAAUCUUUUUGGACAGAAGGACAGAGGAAAGAUGGACUUCAGCUUCUUGCGAGUGACGAAAUCUAUGAGCACAUAUUCUUCAGAGGUUGCGACAUAAAGGAUCUGCAAGUUAUAUCUUCCCCUUUACCUCAAAGUACAUCAGCUGUUCCUGAUGAUCCUGCGAUAAUACAGUCCCAUUUUCCUCAGCCCUCACCUACAACUAUGGCGUCGACAUGUCAUGGUGCUGCACAAAUAGCAAAUUUUAGUACCAGUGUGCAACCCAUUCUCCCUGUUACACCAGUCCAGUUGAAUCUGCCCCGUGGCCCAUCAGCAUCAAGUUCUAGCUUUUGUGGCUCAUCGCUCCCUCCUCCACCUGUAAAUAUCAGUAGGCUUGUUGUACCUAAUUAUUGGCCAGGAUUAGUUGGAUCCUCAGGAGGAGUUUCUUAUUUUCAGCAUCGUUAUCCGCCGCCGCCACAGAGUUUGUUGGCAUCACUUCCGCCAGUUCAGCAGCAAGCGCGACACCAGAAUAUAAAUACAUCUGUAGCUGGAGGAUCCAAUACAGCUGUAGCUGGAGGAUCCAGGUUUUCUGAACUCCGUCAUCCGUUGCUGCUGCGUGGUAGUACUGGUUCCCCAAAUACACUGCCUCCUUUGCUACCCACACCAUCUGUUCAAUCCAAUCCGGGGCGGUUUGCUGAUGUUGUGUCUAAUUUAUUAUCUAUUCCAAGGUCAAAUGAAGGAUCUAGUGCUCUUUCAAGUGUAGCAGUGGAUCCUGGCCCAAAAAUGGCAUCUUCUUUGCAAGAAGUACUUAUUGUUAAUGCUACUCCGGCUCUAGUUAUUAAUGAAUCAAGUUCAAUUGAUCCGACAAUCUCUCAAACUCUAUCUUCCAUGACAAUUGAGGAACAGUCAGGAUUGAAGCAGUCCUCUUCAUCUCAGUCACUGCAGACCACAGAUAUUGAUGCAAAGACUGCUCUAGCACCAGUAUUGGAACCUGUGCUAUCAUCAGAUAGCACUGGAGAAACCCUGGAGUCGUCGCUGAAAUCCACAGCUAAAACUUUGCUGGGAUCUACAUCAUCUCGUCAUUGUAAAGGUCAGUUUGGUCGAGGAGGAGAUAAGGCGCGUCGAAACCCUGCAUUCACUAAUCAUAGUUAUAGAGGUCGUGCACAAGGGCGGGCAAAUGUGAAUUCCUCUCGUGUCAUUAGAAGAUUUAAGGAGGAUUUUGAUUUUGAGGCAAUGAAUGAAAAGUCCAAUAAGGAAGAGGUAUGGGACUAUCUCGGCAAAAAUAACAAAGCCGAUGCAGAUGAUGGAGAUGAAAAUGAAAAAGAGACGGAAGACUCUGAUGUUAAAGGUGAAGCCAGUGAAGUACAUGUAAAAGACGAUAGUAAGCCUGUUUACUGUAAGGAUGACUUCUUUGAUUCUUUUUCUUGUGAUGCACUUGGUCAAGAAUCUGCAGAAGUGACGCUCUGUGAACAAAGGAAAAAAGAUGCUGAGACAUUUGGAGUUGAGAUCCCAAUACUCAAACAGGGUCAUGGGCAGGGACCAAGGCGUGCUGGGGCAUCUCAAGUCUCAUAUCGUGGUAGAGGACAUGGCAAUGCACGAGGUGGUCGUGAUCGUGGUCGUGGUCAUAGGAGAUCAGUUGUGAGGCCGCGUUACUUAAAAUGAGCUACCAUGUUGCUGCAUGGGGUUGGUGUUCAGAUAUAAAACCACCUUUCAAUAUCCAGUCGUGCGUCAUCUUCUGGUCUCAUUUAAUUCAAUCUUAUCGUUUAGUGCAAUAAUUGAUGGAAAUCAGGCAUACGCAGCGGAAGCAAAUAGUCAGGAUCGAACUUGCAUGUAAUAUAGACAACGCAUAAUCAAGAUAUUAAUCAAAUAUAAAAUUGAUACUUA